GACAUCUGCGGCCAUUGAGGGCAACCUGGGUGCCGGUGAGCCCCCCUCCCCCAUCUGCUCGGUGUGCGGGCUGAGCUUUGACGGGCUGACCUUCAAUGGAGGGGCACAUGACAGGGCACAAGAAGGAGAAGCGUUAUGAGUGUGAUGUAUGUGGCAAGGCCUGGUUGACCCCAGGCCUGCUGGAGACCCACCGGCGGAUGCACACGGGAGAAUGCCCCUUCACCUGCUCGGAGUGCGGCAAGAACUUCAAAUGCUACAGCAACCUGCAGCAGCACAGCCUCGUGCACUCCGACAAGAGGCCCUUCACCUGCUCCGACUGUGGCAAAGGCUUCAAGUCGUCCACACAGCUGAAGUUGCACAAACGCGUGCACACCGGGGAGCGGCCCUACACCUGCAGCGACUGCGGCCAGGGCUUCAGCCAGUCCGGCAACCUGCUGGAGCACCAGCGCACCCACACCGGCGAGCGUCCCUAUACCUGCACCCAGUGCGGCAAGGGAUUUAUCCGCUCCGACACCCUGCUGUCCCACCAGCGCACGCACACCGACGAGCGUCCCUACACCUGCACCCAGUGCGGCAAGGGGUACACCCACCCCAGCAACCUGUUGUUCCACCAGCGCUCCCACACUGGCGAGCGACCCUACAUUUGCGCCCAGUGUGGCAAGAGCUUCACCCGCUCCACCCGCCUGCUGUACCACCAGCGCAUCCACACUGGUGAGCGCCCCUACACCUGUACCCAAUGCGGCAAGGGCUUCACCAGCUCCACCCAGCUGCGGGCCCACCAGCGCAUCCACACUGGCGAGCGUCCCUACACCUGUACCCAGUGCGGCAAGAGCUUCACCAGUUCCACCCAGCUACUGAUCCACCGGCGGGUGCACACGGGAGAACGCCCUUUCGACUGCUCGGAGUGCGGCAAGAGCUUCGCCAGCUACGCCAACCUGCUGCAACACAACCGCGUGCACUCUGGCAAGAGGCCCUUCACCUGCUCCCACUGCGGCUUGAGCUUCAAGACGGCGAAGGUCCUGAAGAUCCACCGACGGGUGCACACGGGCGAGAAGCCCUAUGGCUGCUCCACCUGCGGGAAGAGCUUUGCCCGGUUGUAUGGGCUGCAGGAGCACCGGCGGGUGCACACGGGCGAGAAGCCCUAUGGCUGCUCAACCUGCGGCAAGAGCUUUGCCCACUCGACGGGGCUGCUGCAGCACCGGCGGGUGCACAGCAAUGAGCGGCCCUUCACCUGCUCUGACUGCGGCAAAGGCUUCAAGUCGUCCAUGCACCUGAUGGUGCACAGGCACCUGCACACCGGGGAGCGGCCCUACACCUGCUCCGACUGCAGCAAAAGCUUCAAGUCGUCCACGGACCUGAAGGAGCACAGGCGCCUGCACACUGGGGAGUGGCCCUACACCUGCAGCGACUGCGGCAAAGGCUUCACCCGCUCCAAAAGCCUGCUUGAGCACCAGCGCACCCACACCGGCGAACGUCCCUUCACCUGUGCCCAGUGCGGCAAGGGCUUCACCCAGUCCACCAGCCUGCUGAGGCACCAGCGCACCCACACCGGUGAGCGUCCCUACACUUGCGCCCAGUGCAGUGAGCAUUUCAAGAGCGCACGUGGGCUGCGGGAGCACCAGCGGAUACACACCAGAGAGUGAUCUUUUGUGUGCGCUGAGUGUGGCAAGUGUUUCACCCGCAUGUCCAGCCUAUGGCUGCACCAGCAUACCCACAGCGGUGAGCAUCCCUUCCCCUGCCCGUCCUAUGGUAAGGUCUUCACCCACCUUGAUCACCUGCUGGAGCACCGGCGAGUCCACACCGGCCAGCGCCCCUUCACCUGCCCACUCUGGCAAGGCCUUUGCCCACUCCUCCAGCCUGCUGGCACACUGCCACGUGGACAGGUGCUGUUUAGGUAGACACCAAAUACUAGAAGGAAUGGGUAAUGCUUCGGGUCGAGACCCUUCCUCAGUCUCGACCCGAAACGUCACCCAUCCCUUCUUUCCAGACAUGCUGCCUGUCCAGCUGAGUUACUCCAGCAUUUUGUGUCCUUUUUUGUAAACCUGCAUCUGCAGU